UGAGCGAGCGAGCGAUCAAGCGCUGCCAUGUUGUGACGAGCAUCCGCUUUGCAGCACAAAGUUUUAACAAAUCCGAGCAGUUUUGCCGAUGUUUUCUCUAAAUUGACUCGUUCUGAACACACUAUUAUAUUUACACAAUUCUCCAUUAUGCAUGCCUUCGCGGCAGCCCUGUUUGUCUUUGCUAUCAUUGCACAACAGGCUUUAGCACAAGAGGGCAGAAACACCCGUCCAAUCACAAAGCCUCUGGUGUUCGCAUCUCAGGCCGAAAAAGAUGCGUAUGACGAGAAAACAAAACCAACAGGCGAUGGCAAGAUUGCGGGAAAAACACCUCCGCUAAACAAUGCUGGAAGGUCGAUGGUAAAAAUCAGAGCCCACAUAAUCGGCGGUAACAGGGCUUCUAGGGGAGAGCUGCCGUGGAUAGUAGGCUUGGUGCUCAAUUCAGCCUCGUUUUGCGGAGGAUCGUUGAUCACUCAAGGGGCUGUCCUUACUGCAGCCCAUUGUGCUAAGAAAGUAAAGAAGUUCACCGUCUACAUUGGAAUGCAAAACUACGGCUCGAAAACUGAGACGGGACGAGUAGUGAUGACGGCGACGAGGAGGGUAGUGCACAAGGGCUUCAGUAAAGCUAUGCUCGAAAACGACAUAGCAAUUAUUAAACUGCCCAAGAAAGUUACUAUUGGACAAUACAUAAACACAGUAAAGCUACCUACGUACUCAGACGUGACUAACAAGUUCGUUGGGACUAAGGCGACGAUUGCAGGUUGGGGACUCACAUCUGACACAAGCGGAAUCAGCAAGGAGUUGAACGUUUUAACAGACAGGGAGGUCAUUACGAACUCGGAAUGUGCACAAACGUACGGAGAAAUCGCGAAUAGCAUGCUUUGCAUAAGCGGAUCUGACGAGAAAGCAAUUUGCAGCGGGGACAGUGGCGGCCCUUUGACGUACAUGGACUCGACAGGAGCAAACGUCCAAAUCGGCAUCGUGUCUUUCAGCCACCCUUCUUCUUGCAUCGGCUACCCUCAGGUCUUCACGAGAGUUUCUAGCUAUUUGAAAUUCAUUUCUGUAAACACCGGGUUGAGAAUUAAAAAUUAAUUGGCUUUAAAAUUGA